GCCGAGCAUCUCGGCUUGAUUGAACACACGGUUGUCAGGUAAAGGCAUGAUAUCCAGGCACUGAACGGCAAGGUAUUGUCAGCCUGGCAUUAUCAGGGCCCUCGGUUAAUGGCAAUACGAGAACAGUAGCUAUAGCUUGGUAUAUUGUACAUACAGGCGCUAUCUCCAGUGUUGUGAGCGAAGGAGUAUUAUAACUAAGGGAGAUUUCUCCUCUACACAUGAUAUAAGGCCUGACUGACUUAGCAUUAAGACAGACGCGGGGUACCUGACAAAGGAUCCCACCGCUGUGAUGGCUGGGUCGUGCCGUCUUUCCCCAGCACACACCGAGAUAAGACUUCACCAGGUAUAAGUCAAUUUGGACGGAUUUGGGAGGGAUUCUUUUACCGCAAGACGUCAGUGUGUGACGAGCUAAAGAAAUAGCAAGCCGAAAUGUAAACACUCUAAAGAUAGAAGACGGGCACACAAGUGAAAGCGUGCGGGAAAUGAGAGAAUAGUUGUGCACUUCAACUUGUACGGCUUUGCUUUUAGCACAAGGUUUGAGACGGGCCGAUCUGCUGACAAAAACACAAGACUUGAUUCAACAUGCCAGAGUUGCGUGGCACAGGCAGACCUUAUGAGUACCAGAUUCGGGAGAUGUGAAAAAGUGUAAAUAACAACUACGUGAGCCUUUCAUAUUGUGUGCCCAUUUUGCCGCAUGAGACGAAUUGGAAUACGUAACCGGAAAUGGAAUGUGCACAUUUUCCCGCUGGAUUUCUUCCGCGUAGUCGGCAGGUGGACUCAUCAUAACACCUAUUAUAAUUUAGCUAUAUAGUAGCGCAAGUUGUGUCGUAAAGAGAACAAAAAUAGAGGCCAGUGGAUGAAAAUAAAAAUGGCCACACAAGCUGAUAGUGUCGUUCAGGAGAAUUUAAUAGCGGCAGUUGCUGUCGACAUCAAAGACCCUGUAACGUCGACUACCGUCGAGCAUGACAAGGCAGACGACGCGAAACAUGACACGGUCGCCAUGGAAAAGCAAAACGGACAGGAAAAGUCGAGAGAACAGCUUCAAGAGGACGUGACAGUGUUAAAGAAGAAGCUGAUGGAAACAGAAGAAAUGGUGAAGAAGACACAAUCAAAUCUCCGACUUCAGCAAACCCGAACCAAACAGCUCAUCUCUAUCUGGAAAACACAUGUGGAACGAAACGAGCAAAACCUGAAAAGACAGGGGAUGCAGAGAGACCAGCAGCUAGGGGAGGUAAUUUCACAGUUACUCUUUUUUGAAGGUCAGCUGCGAAAGGAGCAGAAGCGCAUUGUGUCAUUGCUCGCGGAGAAAGAUAGCAUCAUUCAGCAGCAAGAGGUGCAGAUUCAAGAACUGGCCCUGACUAACAGUAAACUGAUGCAAGCGUUUGGCGAUGUGAAAGCUCUUAGGAAUAAAAAUGGAAUUGUAAGCGCCCAUGAUUCGUCGUCUGUUAUCGGGCCAAAGUCACCUGCCCCGCUGGAAAUGUCUCCGCCCUCUGACCUGACGUCAAAGGUCACUGCAAAGGACAAAAGUGUCCAUAAGCCGGUAAGCCGAUUCACUGCUGUAAAGAAUCGACUGCGACGACACAAAAGUAACCUGGAACUGAGGAACAUUGAAAACACAAUAUUUGAGGAAACAGCCGAAGAGUUAUCCUCAAGUCAGGAAAACGUUGUGUGUCGACGUAGCAACCCGCGGCGUACCGGACGAGAACGCUGCAAAAGUAUCGCCGGGUAUCCCGUGGCAGCUGAUUCUGGAUUGGAUGGUGAAACCUGUGACUUGCAAAGUGGUGUGGAAAAUUUGUACAGGGGAGGAUUUGACCGUGGCCUUGAAGACAGAGCGCUCAGGGGGCAAUUCCAACCUUUCGAAAACGUUGAUUACAGCAGAGAACUGUAUGAUGGUUUUAAGGAGAACUUCCAGGAAGUAAACCCUUCUACUUCUCCACCAAAUAGUAACAUGCUCUCUGUCGAUGACACAGCCAUUGACCAGGGACACAAAAAAAUGUCGCUAAUGGACAGAAUCCGUUCGGUGUCAAGUUCAGACGUUCGUGUGUCUGCAGGAUCGCAAGAGUCACUGAAAUCUGACUCAUCAGACUCCCAAAAGAGUCCUCAAGCUGAAGGCAAGUCUUCACCCGUCAGUGAGUCCAACCCUUUUAAGACGUUCAAGUCCAUGCUGAAGCGCAAAGGCAGCAAGCUUCGGAAAAAACGCUCCGUUUCUCUGCCGCAGACGACAAAUAUGGAAUAUCACGAAGCCUUGAAACAUCACCUGGACAAAGAGAAAACAAAGAAGUAAUGUGUAAACUGGGCGAUGUUUCAGUAGUUUCUCUAAUCAGUGUUUUAUAGUCUCUCUUGAAUGUUCCUGUGUACAUCAUUCCUGCAGAGUACGUAUGUAUAUCUCAGUGGAAGUAACUGCGAUCUCUCUGUGCUGUCAUAUAAUGUUACCUGUCAGUCAUCUGUCAGUCAUGACCACUGGUACUGUCAGCGAAGCAGUUUAACUCUGCCUGGAGUAUAUGCAGUCCAGUGCAUCUACAGUGGUCCUGGGUCAUCUUCAAAAAGUUCUUUGUUGGGGUUAACCCAACCUAUCACUAUCAGAAAGAGUAGUGGUUAGUGGGAUUUGUUUUUUUUUUUUUUUUUGACUCUUGCUGAUGAAAAGGAUUUUAAAGAAAUAACACAGAGACAAAAAAAAUUCCAUCAAAAGACCAAUAAAUCUUCAGAGCCCUUUUUGAAGGGUCCGUCGGGUUAUCUCCAAUGAAGAUAUUUUGAAUGAUGGCCUAUAAAUAUAUUACUUUAGAAUUGAUAAGCAGAAUAAUGGAUGUAAUAAAUGGAUCUGUGUCACAAGACAAUAAGUUUGAAUUUGGUUUAUGUUUUUGAACUGGAAAAGAUCAUUUUUCUUUAUUGAUACCAUGCCAUAUAUAUACAGCUUCUUGUUAAGGUGUCAAGACAAUGUUCUGAUAUCAUUGAUACAGGCUGGAUUCACACGAUCAUUAUAAAUUGUCAUAUAAUAAUUAAGUAAUUGUGAGCAAAAAAUCCAUAUGGUCAUGGGCCUCUCCUAGUUUCCUCUCACCAUAAUGCUCCUGGUUGUUGUUGUAUAAGUGAACUAUUCUUGAGUACAGCAUAAAAAUACCAAUGAAAUAAUAAUAGCAUUAACAAUAAUAAACAAUGGAAAUGACAAGUGAACAACAGGUGAUCAAAAGUUUUAAGUGGAUUUUGUUAUAAAAUAAACCAGAUUACAUAAAUGUUUGUAACAACAAAUAUUGUGUUGCAAUAAACCAGUAACUUAUUGGCAUGAUGAAGUAGCCUUGUCUACCUGCAUGGUUAGCUGCCAGCUUUAAAUUGAACACCGUCGGAGUGGCACAUGCUAAUUGCAUCAGUUCAUUUUUUACCUCAGUUAAGGUUCACAUGUAAGCUACCUGUUCACAUGCAUAAUACAAGAAAACAGCCUAAUGAAAGAGUCAGCCAAGAUUAUUUAUCUGAUAUAUUUUGGAAUUUUGUUCUGAGAUCUGUUUCAUCUGGGGUACAUUAUCUCCUACUGUAUCCCAGGAAGGAUACAAUAUUAUCCCCUCUUGUGUCUCAGGUGGGACAUAAUGUCUCAUAUUGUAUCCCAGGUGAGAUACAGUAUCUCAUAUUGUAUCCCAGGUGUCAUUCUUCCCAGUGUAAUAAGCUACUUGUAUCAGAAAUAUGAAAGCAAAGUUGAGAAAAUUGACAGCCGAAGGAUCUCAGAGCUGUAGGAUUGUACAUAUAAUUAUACACAUUGUUGAAAAUGUUGAGAAAAUGUACUACAAGCAUUUAAAAUGUUUUUAAUUUUUGUCUGCAAAAUGUACACUAAAUGAUUACUAAAUGUGUGAAUAUAUUCAACAGUACUAUGAAGGGUACAUUAAUUUAGUUUGAAUUUAAAAUGGAGUGUGUACAGAAAGGGAUACAUUUGAUUGUAAAUGUUUUCAUUGGACUGUUUACCAUCUCCCCACAUAUGGACAAUGCAUGCACAUACAUUUAAGUAUGAAUAAGUUUGGAACUCUCCAUAGUCUUGGUACACUUCGUGUGCAUGUAUAUAUUUUCGUUAUAACUAUUUAUUCUGAAGUGAAAGUCUAUACCCACCCAGGUACAGCUGAUGUGAAUGUAUUUAUACUUACUGAGUAUAUGUGUAUAUAGGCCUGCGGUGUGACUCAGGUCUUCCGAAGAAAAACAAAUUGAAUCACAGUUUUUGGGGUGGGUUUGCUUUCUCAGCUGUUUGUUGAGAUAUUUUUGCAUGCAUCAUUUUAAUUUAUGUGCGUGAAAGUGAAACGUAUAUAUACACAUUUAUAUACAUGUAGG